AUGAGCACAGCACCCGCCAGAUCAGCACCCCCGCCUCCCGAGGAAGACUCUCAGGGAGCGUCGCCCAAUGAGAUUCUCCUCGCGGCUGCCAAAAGCGAUAACGAGGGAAUGCUAAAUGAGGCGUUGGAGCAACUGGAGGAUGUGAAUGAGCCUGAUGGCCUCGGCAACACUGCUCUGCACUAUGCUAUACAGCACGGCUCCUCAGACAUUCUCGAAACACUCCUCGACCACGACAGUUGCAACGUAGACAUCAAGAACAGAUUACAAGGCGAUACGCCGUUACAUAUCGCUGUUAGGAAUAGGUUUGAAGACCAGCCUGGUCUUCGGCUGUAUCUCGUUGGAAGCUUACUAGAAUCCGGCGCCGACACAACCCUCCGUAACCGCCACAACGAAAAGCCUGCCGAUAUCCUUCCCCCAGCUUCAGCUUCCGCCGACCCAGAAUCGGACGACGAAAAAGUCCGGAGCAUGCUCCGUCGCGCCCAGGCCCAAGCUUCGAUCGCGCAGAGCGGGGAUGUGGUGGACGAUGAUGAUGGAGAGGUUGAUCCGGAUGAUGUGGCUUCAGAUUCUGAUUAA